CGGGGGAACUCGAACGGUCGGGCGGUAUGCCCCGUGCACGUGCCAUCCAGCCAGCAGGCGCGCGUUUGGCGCUACGGUGCGAUGACGGAGCUUCCUGGAAGAGGCCAGCUCAUUUGAGGUACUUUCCUGCUGCACGCUUCCUCCACGUUUGCUUCACGCUGUGCCUUUGUCGCUUCGUGAUAUACACCUCUCGAUGGCCCGGAUAACUCCAUAAGUCCUCGUCGAGAUUUAAGUCUUUGUUUCUCCUCCCAAGACCCUGGUCGCUCUUCGGGCAUAUUUCUCUACCGCCUGGGCGUUUAUGGAUUGACAAGUAGAUCGACAAUGUCCUCCUCUGGGCUUGAUAUUUCCGACCUUUCGGACGCCGAGAGGUCUGCUCUCGAAACCUAUACUACCGUGACAGGUCAGGAACCGGCCGAAGCUAUUCCGCUGCUGCGUCGGUGCCAAUGGAAUGUUCAGAUUGCAAUCUCCAAGUUCUUCGAUGGCGAAGGGCCGGAUCCCGUUGAGGAAGCCCGUGCAGCAAUCGACAACACUCCCCCUCCCCGACCGAGUCGCCAGACGCAGAACCUCAUGAGAGAUGACCUCACCGCGCAGUUGUCCCCUGCCACCCGAGCUACCGACGCUGCUCCCCGAGUCGUAACACAACCGGAAGACCAGACGGUCUAUCGCCCGCCGUUCCUACUGGCCAUACUCUUCACUCCGUUCAACCUUCUCUACCGCAUACUCUGCGGUUCUUUCCGCCUUUUUGGAGCCUUGUUCCCCUUCCUGCCCCGCUUUUUCACCACCGCAAAUCCCGCUCUCCAGGGAGCCCGGCGAAACACGAAUGGGCGUCGCGCCCUGGGACCCAAAGACACGGCUGCUCGGUUCAUCCGGGAAUUUGAAGAAGAAUAUGGUACGAACUCGCCCGGAUUCCUGGAAAAUGGAUACAACAUGGCUCUGGAGAAAGCCCACAAGGAACUCAAGUUCCUUCUGGUGGUUUUGAUUGCCCCCGAACAUGACGACACCAAUGGCUGGGUCCGUGAUACUCUCCUCUCUCGGGAAGUGGUGGACUUCGUCAGUGAGCCGCAGAACAAUGUGCUCGUCUGGGGUGGUAAUGUCCAGGACUCGGAGGCCUACCAGGUGGCGAAUUCUCUGAAGUGCACCAAAUUCCCCUUUGCCGCUGCCAUAGUGCACACCCCGAAUGUGUCGUCGACGGCGAUGUCGGUGGUGACGAGGAUCUCGGGAACUACAUCUCCGGCGGAAUUUGUAGACAAACUUAGGUCUGCGAUCUCGCAGCACAAAGAACCUCUCGAGCGGAUCGGCGCUACGAGGGCGGAGCAACAGGCCUCGCGCAGUCUCCGCGAACAACAGGACUCGGCCUACGAGCGAUCUUUGGCAAUUGAUCGGGAGCGCGCACGACAGCGACGGGAAGCGGAAGCGGCUCGCCAGCGGGAGGAGCAAGAGGCCGCCGAGCGUGAAGCGGCCGAGCAGAAGCGGAUACGCGAUCUUGAGCAAUGGAAGCGGUGGCGGGCACAGACCAUCACUGACGAGCCGGGUCCGGACGUCAAAGACGCGGUGCGCAUCAGCAUUCGUCUACCUUCGGGGGAGCGAGUCAUCCGCAAGUUCGGACCUGCCGCUGAUAUCGAGGAGCUUUAUGCCUUUGUUGAAUGCUACGACGUUUUGCAAGAGCUGCAUGGAGAAAAGUCUACGGAUGUCGAGAAGCCUGUUGGGUUUGAGCAUCAGUAUGGAUUCCGACUGGUCUCGCCAAUGCCUCGGGCCGUGUACGAGAUGGAUGCCGGAGGCACGAUCCGCGAUCAGAUCGGCCGGGGAGGCAACCUUCUUGUCGAACCGAUUAACGAAGAUAGCGACGAGGAGUCCGAAGUCGAAGCCGAAGAAGAAUCUUAGUUGUUUGCAAUGAAAGCAUGUAUUUUUAAUGAGUCGAGCGCCCGCCUUUUGGAAGGUUUGAUAGACUCCCUAUGAGUUUGUGACAUUGUGCCACUACUAUCCCAGCCGCUUCCUUGUGGUACGUUCUGAAGCAAAGAUAUUCACCACUUGACAUUCGGCAU